UAAGUACGGGAACCAGUGUGUUGGAUCCGAAUAAUAUGACAGUUACGUGAAAUGGUGCAAGAAAGUUGAAUACAUAUUAAUAGCUGAUCAAUGCUAUUUUUGAGCAGAAUUCGUCUGUUUAGAUCUAGUGCAUGCAUCAAAUUUUCAAGAACCAUGUCUAGAUUUAAUGUCAGAUGUGUUGACACGGAUUCUUCUCUUCAAAUUUCCGUGGAAUAUGCCCCCGCCGGUGGUUCAACAAGCAGAAUUUUCAAUGCAUGCAGACCGAAGAUUGAAAACGUGGAAACUUCUUUAACAAGAUUGGCCCAGAAUAUUAACAAACAUUUCAGCAAAAAGAAAAAGAAGAAAGACUCCGACAUUAAAGAGGUGACUGUUGAAUUAUAUGAAACAGAUGGGGUUACAAAAAUUUGUGAUCCAGUUUCUGCAGAGGAUGGAUUUUCCCAUGGAAAUAUUGUACAGAUUCUAGACUCCAAGUAUACAGUCGAUGUAAAUGGACCAUGUUGUCUUGGUAUUGUAAUUCCGCAGUCAGUUAUGGUGGGGUUUCCAUUGUUUCCGAAAGUUAAUGCUGAAUUUUGUAAUCUUGAUAAAUCAGAGUUUAUGUGGGAAAAGAUAAAAUACAGAGCUGAUAAUACUGCUGAAAACAGCAAGUCCAGAAAACAGAAUUCAUCUAUUAUAGAAGAGAGAAAGGAGAUAUGUAGAACUUUGUCAUACACACCAACCAAUGAUGAUAUAGGAUACUGUCUGUCAUUUACAUGUAUUCCAAAAUCAGGGGAAAGAUCAGGGAAACCAUUUACAGUAGAAGCUAAACAUGAAGUCACGGCGGGACCAGGUAUUUGUCCAUUUGAAACAAGACAUCUCUAUACCCAGAAAGAAACGGAACAAAACGAAAUUCGUGUGGUAUCGUAUAACAUCUUAGCAGACAUCUAUGCUGACCAGGAUUACUCUAGGGACGUGCUAUAUUCUUAUUGUCCUGCAUAUGCCCUAGACAUUGACUACAGAAAACCUCUUAUCAUAAAGGAGCUUAAAGGUUACAAUGGAGAUAUAAUUUGUCUACAGGAAGUGGAUUCUAAAGUAUUUAAAUCUGAGUUAGGGACGGCUCUGGCUCUGUUAGGAUUCCAAGGUUUCUACAAAGAGAAAGGAGGGGAAGUCAGGGAAGGAUCUGCCAUUUACAUCAGAAAGUCUAAAUUCAGAGUGGUUGCCGAGUACGGAGAACAGAUUAAAGAUAUCCUUGAGACAAAUCCGGUGUGUUCUGACAUAAUCAAGAAAGUGUACACCGUUCCUGCACUAAAAGAAAUGUUUCAAACAAGAACAACUGUUAUACAUAUAGUUGCUAUAGAGCCAGUAAGUGAUCCAGGAAAGAUAAUACUCGUUGCAAACACACAUUUAUACUUUCAUCCGAAUGCUGGUCAUAUACGCAUGUUACAAGUUCUCGUUGCCAUGAGGUUUAUAGAGUCUCUACUUCAGCAAUAUAAGAAACAGAGGCCAAGCUUGAUCUUCUGUGGUGAUUUUAACAGCACUCCUCAUAGAGCUAUUUAUGAGUUUAUGACAACAAAGUCAGUAAAGGAGGACAACAUUGAUUGGAAAGAUGGGGGUGACGACUCUUUUGCUCCAGAGAUGAAUUUCUCCCAUCGUCAAAACAUUGGGAGUGGUUGUGGUACUCCAGCCUAUACAAACUAUACAGACGGUUUCAACGGCCAUUUAGAUUACAUUUAUUAUGAUAAAAACGGUUUUGACGUCUCGCAAGUUAUACCUCCACCAGAUCACAAGGACGUUGAAUUUCAUACAGCUUUGCCCAGUAUAGUGUUUCCCUCGGAUCAUAUAGCACAAAUAUGUGACCUAAAAUUCAAAUAACUAUUUAGAGUGGUUUAAAUAGCUGACUUCAUGUACUGCAAAAUCAUUAUUAUUUAUGGGACACGUUUUUCAUGUUAUUUUUGUGGUUUUUGUGGAUGUUUCAAUCCACCAGUUUAAGGUCCAAAGAAAUUUUAUUUCGUCUGCUGUUAGGAUGUAUCAGUUUUUUGUAAUUUACUUUUUGCAAAGAUAGAUAAUCCAAGAAAAACUGAUGAAAAAUGUCCCUUGGGUCAAAACAACAAAUUUUCAAGCCCACAAAAUUAAGUGAAUUCACAGGAAGUAGAAUUAAUUUUUUUUUUUGGUCCUUGUGAAAAUGAGACAAUAAUUUUUUAUUUAAUACUACAGCUUAAUAUUAUUAGAGAUGUUAAUCACACAUUCUAUUUGAAUCAAAAAUAAUUAUGGA